GUUUUUAAUGUUUUUUAUGUUGUCUUGUCAUUUAUGUAAGAAACUUUAUUCUUGGACGGAAAAACAUUCGUAAUGUAGUUUUUUUAGACGAAACAAGGACAUUGCUGUGAGUUUAAUUGCAGCUGAGGCUUUUAUUAUAAAGACUCUGUAUUUGAGUGGAGGCCUAGGACGCCACCUACAGGACAGUGUAGACAUAACAUCUCAUUUUGUUUCCUCUUUUUCAUUAUUUUAUUAUACAUGUCCUAUGGUGUGCAGAGUCCUGUAGGAAAAUAUUGCUGUAAACCAUACUUAUGAGCUAAAAAUGCUACGAACAUUUCCAGAGAGCAUUUUUUAGUUCCUAAUGUCUCAUAUAAAUAAUUAAAAGGUUGUUUUUGCUGAAUAGCUGUUUGGGGAGUUUAUUCCUAAAUUAGGAAGUUAUUCCUAAACAGGUGAGUGUUUGUGUGUGAGUAGAAAAAAUAGGUUCGCACCAUAAUGUCACCACUAAUGUUUCCUCCUGACUUGAAGCGGUAGCUGCGCCUUUAAGACUUCACUCAGGGACCAAACUCACAAGCUCAACCUUUUGUUUCGUCAUAAAGACGCGACAGGCCUCUGAGUGCAAAUCUGGAAAUGGGCGAGUCGUCGUGGAGGGCCGCAGUAUUUAAAGUAUCCGAAGAAUAAAAGAUGGGUUUCAUUGCCGCCUGGAGGGCCUGAUUCCCAGGUUUCUGUCGCCUCGCAGCUCCCACCGCCUCACCGCGUCCUUGUUUGUCUGCAGGCGGAUGUUGAGGAGCGGAGUGUCGCAUCUUCUGUUUUUUUUUCUCUGCCGCGUCUGGCUCACAGCUCGGUAAACAGAUGUAACCAGAUCAAUUCAUGCCCUCACACCUUUCAGCUACAAGAUCCUGCGCAGUUUAAAGCCUUCAGAACAUCAGAACAGCGGAUAAAUCGCAGCCAAUGACGUCCCGGAGGACAGAGUACGCAGCUAGCCUGGACACCUCUGCAUCCAGCGCGGGGAGCCGCAAGCAGAGCAUCAUCAACAUCCCCGACAGGAUGGAGCCCUGCUACGACCGCAAAGCGGACACCAAGGGCGGGUACGGAGCUCCUCAGGGCGGCGGCGUGACGGUAACCUCGCUGAAAUCCCGCCUGGCCCCGACCAUCCAGACCGCCAUGUCCGCCGCCGUGGACACGCUGCUGGGAGAGGUGGUGGUCGUGCUGAACGAGACCCAGCAGGAGCUGCUGCACAAGGAGCAGGAGAACCAGAGGCUCAAGGUGCGGCUGGAGGUCUCCGAGAGGGAGCUGAAGACCCUGCAGGAGUGUCUGUGCAGCGCCCAGAAGCUCAUAGACCAGCUGCAGGUCUCCUACACGGGCCCCCAGCAGAUCGGCCAGUCGGUGUUUGGCCCCUCGCUCUCUUCCAUGGCUUCUCUGACCCCAGGCUUGGACCGAGACCACCAGAACCCCAGGAACGUGAACGGAGCAGGCGUGGAUCUGGGUCUGGGCGGCUCCGUGGAUGAAUCUCUUCAUGGCUUCGAGCCGAGAGAUGAAUACAAAAUGUGCCAGCUUUCGAUCCAGCCAGACGGCUCCGUGACGAACCACACUCUGGACUCGUUUUCCUCCAGCUCCUCUCACAUGUGCUCAGACACCAGAGGAGCGGAUGACCGGCAGCCUCAGGGUCCCAGUGGAGGAUCCAGAUUUGAGAUAAAAGAGGAGCAGGGGCCACCGUCAGGUUCUGGUCAGCCCAAUAGGAAGGACAGCCAGGUUGGGGACGGAGACGGCUCGUCCCUUAAUGUGGGGGACAUUGCUUACGGUCAGGUUGGAGGUGAAGGAGGAACUCUGCGUUCUUUCUCCAACCCGCUACGUCACCAAAGACUCAUGCGGGAGUGUGGCGGUGCCUUGCAGCAGCAGCAGGGAAGUCUUGAUGGACAGAAACCUUUGUCAAGGACUUUUGGAGCAAGCAGAGGUGACACCGUUUCACCAGGCAGAGCCGAGGAGCCUGCGGGGCCGUCGGCUCCCGACACCUCUGGGGAGCCCUCGGCGGACCGGCCUCACCACUGCUUGGAGUGCGGCAAGACCUUCCGUCUGAUCUCCAGCCUGAAGAAGCACAUCCGCAUCCACACGGGCGAGAAGCCGUACCCGUGCACGGUGUGUGGCCGCCGCUUCCGUGAGUCCGGGGCGCUCAAAACGCACCUGCGCAUUCACACCGGCGAGAAGCCCUACUCGUGCUCCGAAUGCGGCAACUGCUUCCGCCACCUGGACGGUCUGCGCAAGCACCGGCGCACUCACACGGGCGAGAAGCCCUACGUGUGCGCCAUCUGCGGGAAGCGCCUGAGUCGCCUGCAGCACCUCAAACACCACCAGCUCAUCCACACCGGCGAGAGGCCCUGCUGCUGCCCCUUCUGCAACCGCACCUUCAAGGAGCCCGCGGCGCUGCGCAAGCACGUCCGGACGCACCGCGACGAGGGCGGCCACAUGGGCAUCGGCCCCAGCGAGGAGACGGACCCAGACGCCAUGGACGACAUCAAUAACCUCCAUCCUGCAGCUCCCUCUCCUCAGAUGCGGUUCGGGGAAUGGGGGGCGGAGGAGGAGGAGGACGGCUCGGUUGCAGACUGUGUUUAGGGAUGAGCGGAGAAGUGUUUCUCCAGGAACUGUUCCAGGAGUUUCCAGGUCAUGGCAGUCUUGAGCUUCUGGAAGAUCCCAACCAAUCAGUGAUGGUUAAAACCUGGACAUAAUUUGGCGUUUCAGCAGGACAAGGACUCUAAACACAUCCAGUCUGGUUUUAGAUUGGAUUCUUCUGUGUGUGUGUGUCUCUGUGAAACAAAUCUUUCUCCAGGCCGUAGGCAUCCACCUCAGAGAUUUAUCCACGUUUUGCUUUUGAAUCACUGUUUGGGGUUAUUGAACAUAUCUUAGUAUUUAAGGAAUAUAAACUGAGACAAUAUGAAAAAGUAAGGAUUUAGACAAAAAUCCAUCUGUAAAAUGGAUUUUUGUCACCUAAUUAUUUAAAACAAUACAGAAAAACAAACAUCAGCACACGCCCAUACCCAGUUCGAACCCACUGUUUUAAUCAUCUUUAUAACUCACUCCAUGCAUUUUUUCAGCUUCUUGCCAAUAUUCCAACAAAGCCUUUCUGUUCUAGGAUUAGUUUCACUGUUAUCAUCUGGUUCUUCACCUCCUCACACCUCUUCUAAAUGUUUCUGUAUAUAGAUGAAAUGAGCUUUGUUUGGUUUUAACUGGGUCUCUCUUUGUAGAUAAACGUUCUCGUGCAACAAUGACGUACAACUGUAUCGUGAUUUAUGAUUUUAGGACGUCAAAAUGUGAUGUAAAUACUUGACCUUUGAGCGUUUUCAUAAAGGCUGUUGGGGCACUAAGCUUUGAGCUACACGUUGGUGUUAUUUGACAUAUAUACCAAUAUAAUCUCCAACUAUAUAUAACGGUAUGGUUACUCUCAAAGCCAUUAAAACAUAUUAGAUUAUGUGUAUCCAAGACUUCACAUGCUAAAGUGGUUUAUGCCCCAGAUAAUCAAUUUUCUUUGACUUUCCAGAAGGACCUCCGCAUGUAGGUUAAAGAUUGCCAUUGCUCUUAAAAAGUCAAUGAAAUGAGUGAAGUUUUAUAUGCUUUUGUGGACUACAAAAAUAAAUAAAAUCACUAUCAGCUUUUUUAGGUUCUGUAAAUGUGAUUAUGUUAAAGGACUGUGUUUCUA